UCUAGCCGACACAAGCUUUGUACCGUCCGUACAGUGAACACGUCUCUCUCGGAGCUGUGACAGACGGGCUGAAGUUACCUGCUUGGGAUUUUUUACCUCACCUGUUCCAACUAAAUCGCAAUCAUGUCGGUGCAACAGACAACCAGGACAUCCUCGUCCACAUAUACACCUGCAAUAAGUGCCCGCACAACCCUUGUGCAAAGAGGAAGCAACACUCGUUCUUCCCAUGGAGGCUCCGGAGGAGGAUUCUCGUUCUCUAGCAGAACUGUCAACCCAGUCUACUCUCCUGGUACAUACCAGACUCUGUCCAGCUCCGGAGUUACAACUGUCCGCGAAAGUCGCCAGAAGGAAAAGAAGGAGAUGCAGGGCCUCAACGAACGCCUUGCCGGGUACAUCGAGCAAGUGCGCUUCUUGGAGGCCCGCAUCAAGAUGCUUGAGGACCAACUGGCCCAGCUGGGACAUCGGGAAAAGUUCGACCUCCAGCCUAUCAGGGAUAUGUACGAGGCUGAGCUGAACCAGGCCAGGAAAGUAAUUGACGAACUGUCCAAGGAAAAGGCCGGAGUCGAUGCUAGGAUCGCCGGUCUCCAGGACGAAGUCCAGAGACAGGGUGCCGUGAUCGACAUUCUUGAGAAGCACAAGGUUGACUAUGUGUCCAAGAUCAACCAGUUGACCACCCAGAUCGGAGAGUACGAGGGCGAGCUCGGCUCACUCCGUCUAAGAAUCAGGAACGUUGAGGAUGAGAACGAAAAACUCCGUGAGCUCCUCAACAGGGCCAAUGAUGACCUGAAGAAAUACAGGGCUGACCUUGACACAGAGACUGCUGCCCAUAUCGAGGCUUCCAACAGGGCGCAGACCUUCGAGGAGGAAUGCGAGUUCCUCAGGGCUCUCCUGGACAAGAUCCCACAAGAAACCCAGCAGACCACCAAGAUCCAAGGACUGGACAUGCGUGCCUGGUGGGACAAGCAGAUGGCCCAGGCCAUCAGAGACCUGUCCUCCGAGUACGACAACGUCGUCUCGACCAUGAGAGACGACAUGGAGAUGAGGAUGAACGCUCAGGUGAGACAGCUCCAGAGCGGCGCUGUGAGGGAGAACCUGGAGAGUGCCCAUCUGAGGGAAGAGGUCAAGAAGCUCAAGGCCAAUCUGUCGGACAGGUCCAGCGCUCUCAACGACGCCGAGGCUAGGUUGAGGACUCUGGAAGCUGAGAUGAACGACCUCGCCCGCCAGUUGUCCGAGGCCCGUCGCGACAAUGAUGAGCUGAAGCUGAAGUACCAGACAGACGUCGACCGCCUGCAGGGAGAACUGGAGACUUGUCUCCAGGAACUCCAGUGCAUCAUGGACGCCAAGCUGUCCCUGGAACUCGAGAUCUGCUGCUACAGACAGUUGUUGGAGGGUGAAGAGAACAGGGCUGGUCUUAAACAGAUCGUUGAACAGGCCGUUGGUGUGCAAGGAUCUGGAGCCCAAAGACUUAGUGAAUUCAUCACCUCGUCCUCAAGCUCAUCCACGGCUAUUGGACAUAGCAAGGGAUCAAAACCUUCCGCAGGCAUGAACAGCGAGGCUUCCGGAAGAAUGACUCAAUCAAGGUCGUCCCGUGGACCAAUCAGCUUCGUCGAGGCAUCUAUUGACGGAAGUUACAUCAUGAUUGAGAACACCACCUCUGGAUCUAAGGGCAAGAAUCAGGAUCUGUCCGGUUGGUCCCUGAAGAGAAGUGUUCCCGGCAAGAAAGACGUCUCCUACACCUUUGGGAACACCGUCCUGAAACAGGGCGAGAAGCUCAGAAUCUACGCUGCUGGCAACCCCCCAGCACAUGGUGACACCUCCGUAGGCGACUUUAUCAUCAACAAAGAGUGCUUCUCCUGGGGAGGCGGCUCCGGCACAACCCUUCUCCUUGACGACAGCAAGAACGAAAAGGCCUCUCUGAAAUCAACAAUCUCUGGACUGAAGUAAACGACCAACUCAACUGAGCGCGCAACAAAGAACGCCAACCAGUUCUAGGCAGUACUAGAACAUCUGCUCUGUCAAUUCACAUAACAAUUCAGUUCCACUUUUAAUUGGCUUGUUAGGGCUCCUAGCCAAAGGCCAGUCUUAUCACAGUCUUUAGUAGGUAUAGUUCAGUGUACGUUAGAAAGCUGUCCAGAAGUAUAUAUUUUUAUUAGCCAGUUUUGGUUCAGCAGGCCAACGAGUAUUAUGUCUGAUUCUGAAAACGGUGUGAGGAACUGGAAUGGAAACAUUCUGAUGCUUUUUAAUGCUCGUGGUCAAAUCUGACAAAUCGGAAUGGUCAGACUGUUAUUAAUCAUGCUUCUAUGCUGGAAUCAAAGUCUUGCCCUGCAGAGUGUAAUGCACUAAACAAAACUAUAUAUAAAUUCCCUACUAUACAUGCAAUAACCCAUCGGCAGUGGAGAUCUAGUAUUUGUUUGUGAUUACUGUUUUGUGUUUCAAUUAUGUAAAUAAUGUUGAUGUGAGUGGGUGUCCCGUAUAUGUCCUUGUGCUAAGAGCAUUCUGGAGGUUGUGAAUCUUUAUGACACAGGGUUUAAAGGUCAAGGUUAUACUGACCCUGAUGUUGAAAGGUGAAGGUCGCUGGUAAUGUGGUUACGAUAUCGGCAGAACAGGGUUAAAGAGAACAAGGAAAAUACCUACUUCUGUUACAGAUGCACGUGGACAGUGUGACUUUCGGAUCUUUUAUCGGCAGCUGAGUUUUCAAUAACUUUGGUCAGCAUAAUUCGUACAGCGGAAAUGUUAAACUGCACGCCUUACCAAUAAGUCUUUCUUUGUACAAAACGUUGAUGUAACCAAACGCGACUUCUCAUUGGUUAAUGAGAAAGGUUCGCAAGGGAUGAUGGGAACAUUGGACGGUCGGGAAUUCGACAUCGUGUCGAUAGAACGGGUUGUCUUUUUGCAUGCUGGAUUAAAUCAUAAUAAUUGUUGAAAUAGUUAGUUGAUCAUUUGGUCAUGAAUUCCAUUUGUUAAUUGUUAAGGUGCCUCUGUGGUUUGCAUUUUCAAUAUGGACAGGAGUGACGUGUUGACCGGGAGUGACGUCAUAACGUCACGUGGUGCUGUACACGUCAUUUCUCGGCCUUAUUGUUGGGGUAACACACAAUGAUCAAUCCGUCUAAUAUUGGAACAGAAAAAAAAAUAUUUAUGUAGAGAUAUUAUCGGCACAAAGAGUAUUGUUACGUCAAUGCACGCGUGUUUGGUCGCGUUUUGAGGGGUGAAAAACAAAGCAAUGUUUUUCAUGUUUUCACUGCGUACUACCUGCUUCGCUUUCUGAAACUAGUAGAUAUUUUCAUAUUGUUAUGAUUCUAUGUUUUCUAAACUGUAUGUAGCCACAUGGUGCUCUAUAUUUUAGGGUCUCAUAUAAUAAAUUUAUGACCUUUUUGAAAUAAAGAAUUCAAAAAAUGA